AUGGACGGAACAUCUACAAAAGACGAUGCCCUCUCCGGUAUGGUUGACAUUUUGUCUCUCGCCAUGGACAACACAUCUUUCAGCUCUACCACUAAACCAACCGCGACCUUUGAGCUGUUCAGUCAAUUCCCCGCCGAGAUACAGUGGUGCGUCUUCGAACAAUUGCUCGACCUAGAAGGCCUAGGACGUGGCCCAGCAGUGCACUUCCUAACCGGUUUCCCCAGAACGUUGGCAAAGGCACUGUUCAGCUCUGACCCAGACGAGAGGAUGGAUACAGGGCUCAGGCAUAACUUUGCACAGGGCAUCGACUUUGUAACUCAUGAUACCAUGAGCCUUCUCGGAAGUUUCAAGCGCACAGAUCGGCGCGGACGAGAGUAUAUCCCAAACGCCAUCCCUCAUCACAUUCGUCUCCCGCAAAUUGCCCAAACAUGUUCGCUCGCAACGCGUGUAGUCCGAACUCACCAACAAAACAAGACGCCAGUUGGCCUGCACGGUGGCAGGUCUAUUCUCGUCAACGAAGAGGAUGACUUGUUCUAUUUCGACAUCCUCGUCCUGUCAAAGAAGCCCCGCUCAGACCGUGUUUUGCAUCUCAGAUCGGCGAACACCAUCAACGAAGAGCUGACGGACUGUCUGAUAAGUCCGGUCCCCAUGGUUCAUGGUGCAGAUCUUCUCAAGGGCGUCCGCCGCUUGGCUGUGCCGGGCUGGGUGUCAAAGCUGACCGAUGGCGGGUGUCUAGGGUGGCAUUUCCAGCCGAAACGGCAACGUGAUCUGGUGGAUUACAUUGAUAGCUCUUGCUCGGAAAGCGAUUCGGAAGAUUACGAUUCCAGCGAUUGGCUUAAGAAGGUGCCCUGUGACAGGUGCGGUCGCGUUAUGGGAGGACAUUUCAAGGUCACCUGGCCGGAGGAAUACGUACUACUGGCUGCCGCUUGGCUUCCUGCCCUCCAAAGCAUACACUAUGUUGUUCGUAACGAGAUUCCACCGCCGGGUUCACUCGGCUCUGAUUACGCCCCCUGGCGGGCCCUGGCAGGUCCGAGCCCGCAAGAACCAGCCUUGGUGUUCGGAGAUAGUUGGGUGACGACCGCUACAGCAAUGUACCGACAUAGAGGAAAUCGCAAAAGCUCACGAUUCAGCACAGUGGGGGCUGAGCCUCCACAAACCUUUCAGUCUAUCGGAGGAUCCUUGGUCGAGCUGUUUGCUCCUAUUGACUUCCACGUCUUGCUUCACGCUUUCGUCACAGUGCCAUUUUUCGAUCUGGAUUGGGCAGCAUCGUUUCCUAUGGACAGUCAGCUUCUCAAGGUGUGGAAAGACAAAAUUCCCCAUCUGAGCUUCAGAUACCUCAGAUGGGUGCCAGAGGGGUCGGACUUACUUCCUUGGAAGACGGAUCUGAAGCCGCAUGGUACACCCAAGAAGAGGCGACAAUGA